UGUCAUAGAGUUGCCUAUCGCCACACCGAUGCAUUUUCUGAGAAAUGGAAGGGUCACAAACUCAAGUCUACAGCAAAUUAGCAAUUAAAAAGAUUGCGCUCUAGAAAAUCAAUAAAACGCCGACGUUUCACGUAUCCACAGUUUUCCACUUUUUCAGUUUAUACCUAAUCAAUCAAAAUCCUGGACAUACCUCCCGCCCAGUUGGCUACUGCUACUUGCCCACGCGCGCGCACACACACACACAAAACAUAAAACAACCAUGGAAGAAGAAACAACAGCAGCGAUGGCAACAGCAGAUCUAUCAAACACGACCAAUUUCUUGGACUCCGCCCUUAAUAAGAAACAUCAAGCAAUGCUCGAUCGCCUCUCUAACCGCCACCAAAAUCGCAUCAACAAAUCCACCACCGCCACCGCCACCGCCGCUACGGCCUCCUUCCUCUCUAAAUUCACCGACGCCAAACAAUCAAUCGAAUCCCAACUUUCCCACUCAUCAACCCUUGCCGCAACUGAUCCGACUCUCCUAAAAUCUCAUCUCGUUAAUAUCUCUGCCUCUAUCUCCUCUCUCGAGCAAUUAAUCGCCGAAAACUCCUACCUUCUCCCAUCGUACGAACUCCGCUCAUCUCUAAAAACCGUCUCGGACCUUAAACAAUCUCUCGAUAAUCUCAAUUCCGAUCUCGUUCCGAAAAAGAAAUUCUCUUUCAAAAACAAAUCCACCUCAUCGAAGCCUAAAGAUACCGAAACCGCAAAAACAGAGCUCGCAAAACAAGCUACUACUUUUAUAAUUAGGGAUUCUCCAGGAAUUAGAAACAAAGAAAAUGACAUCUUGACCAAAAAUUUCAAAUCCUCACAGAUCGGUGAAUUUACUUUGGAGAAUCUUGAUUCUUGUGAAGUGAGGCUGAUUGGUUGUGUCAAUGCGCUUUUUAUUAAUAGGUUAAAGGAUUGUAGGGUUUAUGCGGGGCCGGUUACAGGUUCGAUUUUGAUUGACCAAGUUGAGAACUGUUUAUUUGUAUUAGCCUCGCAUCAAAUAAGGAUACAUAACGCGAAAGUGAGUGAUUUUUAUUUGAGAGUGAGGAGUAGGCCGAUAAUUGAGGAUUGCGGAGGGGUUAGAUUUGGGCCUUAUUGUUUGAGAUAUGAAGGGAUUGAGGAUGAUUUGAAGAUGGCAGGUUUGAAGGAGGAGAGUGAGAAUUGGAGUAAUGUUGAUGAUUUUAAGUGGCUUAGAGCUGUGCAGUCACCGAAUUGGCGUGUUUUGGAGGAGAGCGAGAGGGCUGGGGUUGUUGAAGUGAAUGAUUUAGGAAUUGGAAUAGAAAUGACUUAGGGCUUAGGAGGUGGUGAAAGUGUACUUGAAAGUUUGAUUGCAGGCAUGUAUGGAAGCACAGUGAUUAGAUGUGUGAGUUAACAGGAAGAUGGGCCUCAAACCUCAACCUCUACGAACUUGCCAUUUGCAAGGUAGGCUUCAUCCUGAUACAGCCUUUGUUGUUUGCACAGAACAACAGGUUGACAGAGUGCUUUUACCAUCUUGCUGUACGGUGAGCAAGAUGCCCUUAGUAGUGAAAACUAUGUUCCAUCAUUUAUUUUUCAGAAGCCUGAGAUGCAUUGGGUCAAUCAGUGGCCAUGAUUCUGGAGAGUCCUCUCUAAUUGGGUUGUCUUACAUUGUUUAGGGUCAUGGUAUAUCUUGAAGAAAGAGGACUUUCUAAUGAAACCUUCCGAGAAGUAAGGUGCAUCUGUAAUCACGCUAUUGUAAAUUAAACGUGACAUUCAAGUUGUGAAUUUCAUGGAUUUUGUACAAUUUAAUUUACAUUUUUACAGGCUUCUAGGUUGAUCCCUGAUUGUAUGAUGUUGGUCAGUAAGCAAUGAGAUUUGCAUUGUGUUUUCAA